ACUGGCUGUGCUUUCUCCUGAAGGACUGAGGGAUUUUGUCUGCAGUAAGCUCAAACUGCUGUCAAAGAAUGAUCCAUGGUCAGAAAGAGUUGACUUCCUCAUUGAAGUCGUAGUUUCAUUUUUUGAGAAACGACAGUCUCAAAAAGAAGCCAUCAAUGCCCUUCCGCUUUACCCAAAUGAGCAGAUAAUGUGGGACGAAAGCCUUGUACCAAGCAUCAACUUCUCUGGGGAAGGGUGUCUGGCACUUCCAAAACUUAAUCUCCAAUUUUUAACACUCCACGAUUAUCUUCUUAGAAACUUUAACCUCUUCCGUCUUGAAUCUACAUAUGAAAUCCGCGAGGAUAUUCAGGAAGCCGUGCCACACCUCCUUCCUUACAUUAACAAUGAAGGGCAAACUGCUUUUCGUGGUUGGUCAAGAAUGGCUGUACCAAUUAAAGAAUUCAAGAUUAGUGCGGUAAAGCAACCAAAUAUUGGAGAAGUCAAACCAUCAGCUGUGAAAGCAGAAGUUACUUUUAGCAUUUCCAGUUAUAGAGCACAAAUAAGAUCAGAAUGGAAUGCCCUUAAAGAACAUGAUGUUCUCUUUUUACUUACUAUUCGUCCUUCAUUUGAGCCUCUAAGUGUAGAUGAGGAUGCCAAAGCAACUGUGCCGCAAAGGCUUGGGCUUCAAUAUGUACGCGGAUGUGAAGUCAUUGAGAUUCGUGAUGAGGAGGGAACUCUCAUGAAUGAUUUUACAGGGAGAAUCAAGCGGGAUGAAUGGAAGCCUCCAAAAGGUGAACUAAGAACUGUAACCAUUGCGUUGGAUACAGCUCAAUAUCACAUGGAUGUUAGUGAUAUUGCGGAGAGGGGCACAGAAGAUAUUUAUGGUACAUUCAACAUAUUGAUGAGGAGGAAACCCAAGGAAAACAAUUUCAAAGCAAUCUUAGAAUCUAUAAGAGAUUUAAUGAAUGAAACUUGUAUUGUACCUGAUUGGUUGCAUGACAUAUUUUUGGGUUAUGGGAAUCCUGCUGCAGCACAAUGGACUAACAUGCCUGAUCUUCUGGAGACAGUAGAUUUUAAGGAUACUUUCCUUGAUUCUCAUCAUGUCACAGAGAGUUUUUCAGAUUAUCAGAUUUGCUUUGUAAAUUCGGAUGACACCGAAAAUUUACAGCCAAGACCCCCCUUUCGCAUUAGGCUUCCCAGAAAUCUGAAAGGCAAUCCUCAUGGUCUUCCUGGAAAUGUGAAGUCCACCAUUGCUCCGGGGAAUGCUGAUAGUAUGGUGAAUGGCUGUCCAGAGAAAGAAAUACUUACCGUGGAGGCCUAUAUCGCUCCUGACCCGGGUCCAUACCCCCAAGAUCAACCAAAGCAAAACUCCGUUAGAUUUACUCCCACGCAGAUUGGAGCAAUCAUCUCAGGUAUUCAGCCUGGAUUAUCUAUGGUUGUGGGUCCACCUGGAACAGGAAAGACUGAUACGGCUGUGCAAAUAUUAAAUGUGCUUUAUCACAAUUGUCCUUCUCAGAGAACAUUAAUAAUUACUCAUUCAAAUCAGGCUUUGAAUGAUCUUUUUGAGAAGAUAAUGCAGAGGGAUGUGCCUGCUCGCUAUCUUCUUCGACUUGGUCAAGGUGAACAAGAAUUAGCUACUGAUCUUGACUUCAGCCGUCAAGGCCGUGUGAAUGCAAUGCUCGUUCGAAGGUUAGAAUUGCUUAGUGAAGUAGAACGCCUUGCGAGAUCUCUCCAGUUGCCUGAGGAUGUAGGUUAUACUUGUGAAACUGCUGGGUACUUUUGGUUGCUUCAUGUCUACUCACGCUGGGAACAAUUUCUAGCUGCUUGUGCUGAAAAUCAAGAUAAACCAACAUUUGUUCAGGACCGCUUUCCCUUUAAGGAGUUCUUCUCAAACACCCCUCAGCCAGUGUUUACAGGUCAGUCCUUUGAGAAAGACAUGCAUGCAGCUAAGGGGUGCUUUCAACAUCUUAAAACUAUGUUCCAAGAGCUUGAAGAGUGUAGGGCAUUUGAAUUGCUGAAGUCAACGGUUGAUCGUGCAAAUUACCUAAUGACCAAACAGGCAAAGAUUGUUGCAAUGACUUGCACGCAUGCAGCUUUAAAAAGGAAGGAUUUUCUUCAGUUUGGCUUCAAGUACGACAAUUUGUUGAUGGAAGAAAGUGCACAAAUCUUGGAGAUUGAAACUUUUAUCCCGAUGUUGCUCCAGAGGCAGGAAGAUGGCUAUGCUCGGCUUAAACGAUGCAUAUUGAUUGGUGAUCAUCACCAGUUGCCUCCUGUUGUGAAGAACAUGGCUUUUCAGAAGUACAGUCACAUGGAUCAGAGUCUAUUCACAAGGUUUGUUCGUUUAGGAAUUCCUUAUAUUGAGCUCAAUGCCCAGGGUAGAGCCAGGCCAAGUUUAGCCAGACUUUACAACUGGAGGUAUAGAGAACUUGGGGAUCUUCCUUAUGUGAAGGAAAAUGCUAUUUUCAAUCGCGCAAAUUCUGGAUUCUCCUUUGACUAUCAGUUAGUAGAUGUGCCUGAUUACCAUGGGAGAGGCGAGAGUGCCCCUUCUCCUUGGUUUUAUCAAAAUGAGGGAGAGGCUGAAUAUAUCGUCAGUGUCUAUAUGUACAUGCGCUUGUUGGGGUACCCUGCAAAUAAAAUUUCCAUUUUGACGACUUACAAUGGCCAGAAACUUCUGAUCCGUGAUGUUAUUAACAGAAGAUGUGCUCCGUAUGGCUUCAUUGGUCCACCAAGCAAGGUUACCACGGUCGACAAGUUUCAAGGUCAGCAGAAUGAUUUUAUUUUGCUGUCUCUUGUGCGUACUCGUUUUGUGGGCCACCUUCGUGAUGUUAGAAGAUUGAUUGUGGCCAUGUCCCGUGCAAGACUGGGGCUUUAUGUUUUUUGUCGCCGUUCUCUGUUUGAACAAUGCUAUGAACUACAACCUACAUUUCAAAUAUUGCUCCAGCGGCCUGAUUGCCUUGCAUUGAAUUUGAAUGAGGUCACAUCAUCAACAGUUCGUCAUGUUGAAGACACUGGACCAAUUCAACUUGUCAGUGGUCUCGAAGAGAUGGCGAGCAUAGUCAAUUACAAAAUACAUCACAUGUAUCAGGCACAAAUGAUGAGUCAUCAGUAUGACCAGUUUUCAGCUUAUUCAGACCGAGAGGCUUCCACAAUUAGUACAUCUGAGCAAAACGACCUGCAGGGUUCAAUGAUGGACACUGAUACAUCUGCCUCUGCAGAUGGUGCACAGGAGGAUAUGCCACCUGAAAGUAAGUUGGAUGAAACUACACUAGUGGAACCCCUUGCAAGUGUAAAUGUUGACUUGCCACUUGAGAGUCGAUCAAAUGGGGAAAUUGAUGAGAAAGUCUUGAUUGACGACAAAAAUGCUGUGGCACACGAAUCCGCUUCAAAUGAGGAAAGCAAAAUGGAGUAAUCUGAUAAAGAGUGGUAACUAUAACUUCUCUAGAACCAUGGAGCCUUGAAUCAGUUCAGGUUCCUAGGAAUUUAUGUCAAAGUAUCCCAUUUGAGGGUGAUUUUUAUUCAAAUCGUAGCCAAAAUUUUGCGGGCUGAUAACGAACUUAUCAUUUCCAUAAUAUCUGGGUCGACGCGAGAAUGCCAUGGGCCAGAGCACGAGGACUGAUUACGGGCAUGAAGUAAACAAGCGGUAAGCAUUUGCUGCUGUGGUUUUUACUGUGCAUAACUCAAAUUAAGAUACUGUGUAAUGGUGUACGUCUUAGCUGCUUCUAUUCGGGGCUAAUUGUUUAUGUAAAAACUGUGAUUUUUGUAAUGCCAUUUCUUAUCUCAAAACUAGUCGUGUCUCAUUCCUUUUUUUUUUUUUUUU